AUGUCUGGCAAGAAAAAGGCGGAUCUGAAAGUUAUUAUCCUGGGUGACUACGCUGUAGGGAAAACAUCCUUGAUAUGUCGAUACAUCAAUGGGAGAUUUCAAACUCAGGAACCAACUGUUGGAGCUGCCUUUUUCUUGAAGCAGUGGGGUCCAUACAAUGUGGCUGUGUGGGACACAGCAGGGGAUGAGAGGUACUCAGGACUUUCACAUUUCUACUGCCGCAGUGCUGGUGCUGCCAUCUUGGCAUUUGAUUUGACAUCCCCAAAAACGUUUGAAUCAUUGUGGGCAAGAUUUGGAUCCAUUCUUGAGGCUGCCAAUGAAGAUUGCCUUAAAGUUGUGGUGGGAACCAAACUUGACCUUGUGAGUUCUGAAAGCAGAGACAUCACACCUGAGGAAGGUAAAAAACUGGCUAAGGAACUCAAUGAACAUCUGGACCUGAGAAAAGCCCCUCAAGUGCCUUACUUCGAAACCUCGAGCCUGAAUGAUGAAAACGUCAAGGAUGUGUUUGAGUACAUCUUCCAGCAUUGCCUACCCCUGAGUCCCGAUCAGAAGAAGCAGUACCAGCAGCUCAGUCUCGUAGACCUCAAAGAUUCGAACUCAUCUGGUUCACAGAAGGCUUGCUGUUGA